AUGGUCCGCGACCUUAUAUGGCCUGUAUAUGACACCCGGGACAAUACGGGUACAGUACAGGCCAUACUCAACACAGCGCUAGCAAUUAGACCAGGUAGUGAUCACUACGAGGUGGACGAGAUGAACGCAUAUGUCGUUGGUGCGGCGGAGUCUGACUUGGCGUCUGAGUCCGAGCUGGCACCCGCUGACCCCGAUGAGAACUUUGCUACAAUGGGCGAAGUCAAGCGGAUGAUGGCAGAUAUUGAGGAGAAAGCUAAAAGGGAGAAGGAGGAGCUCGUUCGCAGACACGAGGAGGCUGUCAACACUUGGAAGAGGAAGUACGAGGACCUGCUGGCGGAAAACAAAAAGCAUAAUGACUUGAGGGCAAGAUAUGUCGAAUUGAUAGAGAAGCAUGAGGAGCUGAUGGCUAUGGUCUUGAGGGAGAAAGACGCCCUGCCCCUGCUCCCGCUCCUGCUCCCGUCGUUGCGCCCGCCGAGCCUGCUCCUGUUACGCAAGACCAACAAUAAUCUGCGAUAUAGCGGUGAUAGGAUAUCCGUAUCCAAUACGACAGGCCGUUCGGCGCGAAGACAGUUGGCCAAUUCGAGUAGAAGUGGAUUACAAUCCGAUGCUGGCGCCGGAGACGCGGUGGGAGCGGCGGUAACUCAGAUAGAGGCUCAGGCGCAAACCGUCAGGAAUGCCAUCGCCAACCUAUGUGGACAGGAUGGCAUCCACCUCCCCAGAAUCCUGGACUAUCACCGCACUUGGACCGAGGAAACCGGCACGAAAGGAUAUGUGACUGCUUCCAAAAAUACACCAACUCCAGCCAAAGCCUUCUACCAACACUGCUUGACAUUCUUUGCAGACGACGACAUGGAGGACUCUUUCAUCACCGCCCAGCGCGGUGAGAACCCCAUUUUGGCCAAUUUGCAAGCAUUGGCCACAGUCGAUGCCCAGAACAGCUCCCAGGUCAAGCGACGCAAGACCAAGUCAGGCUCUUUCAAGAGGAAGAAAUCAGGCAUCAUUGCAGAUUCGGAGGAGGAGGAUGAAGAUGAUAAUGAGGAGAAUGUUAAGAAGGAUGAAGGUGGGCAUACAAUUCGAACGCACUUACUGCAAGUCGUCGGCCUCCCCGAGUUGCGAAUGCUCAUCGAUUACGAUAUCCUCCACCCCGGAUCUCACGAAGUGGCCGAGGUCCACCAUCUUGCUUGGGCUUUAGGCCGCAUAUAUGCUCUUCGACCAGGCAGCAUCGGCUGGUCUGGUAUGCACGACAACGACCGGCGGAACAUCAUCAUUAAGGAGAGAUACCUGGGCGACCCGGUCCUCCUACAAUCCAAGGCUAAAGGGGAUGAGAUUGUAUCAGACAAAUCCGUCAGUGCGCACUCACUGACACUCUACCUCAAAGACCGAGGGAUGAAACUCGGUUUCCUAGAAACCAUCACGUUUUACUCGCUGAGACGAAGGAGUGCCAACGAAUUCGCCGGACACAAAAGAGUUGGCAUCAAGAGUGCCAGAGCGCUGCUGAACCAUGAUCCAGAAACCCGGACACUGGAAAGAUACUACAUCGAUCCGAUACGGACACCGGACGUUUCGGCCAUCGCCCUAGGCGAAGAGGAGAACCAAGACCGCAUGGCAACCAGAGAGGCCGAGCUGGCGCUUAACGUCUUGCGUAGAGGUAAUGAUGAAGCCAGGGCAGUAUUUGGCCCGCUCCUGAACGCAACCAUGAACGAAUUCACGGAACAAGACGAAUCAUACCCACAACAGCCAAACCCGGCGGAGCUUCGAAACCAUAAGCGGCGGAUAAGAUGGGCUGCGGUCCAUAGUCUGUUCAACGAAGCUCCCCGAAGACAGGUCGAGGACAUGAAAGUGGACGAUGAGCAAAAAACGAAUUAA